GACCAUCCAUCUUAUCUCCAUUCUCUGCCCAUGUGUAAUAUUGUAUAAGAAGGAAAAAAAGUUUGCCAGUUCGGCUUCGCUCUUCGCCCUUUCCUUCUGCGGCGGCGCACGCUCUGCUUGUUGUACCAAAAUUAAGCAAACAAAGUAAACCGCUUUCACUUCUAACCCAAGCCAACCAAUCUCCUUCUUCAUAUAUACUUAUGCAUGUGUUCUCUGUUUCCUGUUGCAGUCAAAACCCACUUUUUCUUCUCUUAUCUUUUUAGCUUGGAGGAGAGAAAGGUUCAAUCUUUCUUCUUCCCCGGUUGUUCAAUCCCUGUUUCCUUUCAUACCCAGUGUAAAAAGUAAGAUGGCCCUGGUGAACCGAAACUGUGCUCAUUUGGGUCCAACUCCGAUACAGAGGAGUGAUUCUUUACUUGGAUAUACGGAGCAUAACUCAUUGAUAAUGGAGAAGAGGCAGUUGUUCUUAAGAAGCUACCAGUUCAGCAGAAAACAGAGCUUAACAGAGAAAGUAAAAAAAUCUUUAGGCAGAGUGAAGAAAGUAAUAUGGUUAAGACUGCGAUCUGCUUGUAAACUUAGAAAGUUGGUGUGGUCUAGGUUCCGUCAUGCUCUCUAUUAUCGCCGGAGAAGAAGAUUUCUCCGUCUUCUUAGCCCAAACUCUUCAUCUUGUUUCUGGUAGGAUUAUUUCAGUGUCUGUGUUACUUUCUUCUCUCUGUUUUCUGGGUUCUCUGUCUUUAGUUACUCUAUCGUGAUUAUGUCUAGACUAUUUAUAAAUGCUUAUAUAUCUUUGACUGAGUGCAAUAUUUGAUAUGAAGUUUGUUUACUAUCUGUAUGUAUAUGUGAGACGUACUAUGAAUCUCCAACUUGCUCUCUUUACUCAUACCUAAUAGAAUUAUUUCAACAUCUCAG